UUGUAUGUACCUGGAGACAUUGUAUUUACAAAAUCUCUCAAAAUUACCUCAUUCACACACACAGCACACAAGACACAAAUACAAACCACACACAAUGCUCAUUCAUGCAACAAUAAACAACACACACAACGAAUGCACAACACAUGCCAAAAACACUGACUAAUACAACACAACACACACACAUAAAGACACGUGUCCAUAAUCUUUUCAGUCAAACACAGUCAGACUCCAGCGUCUGUUCCAAAUGGAUGGCGUUGUCAUUGUUAACUCGAACUGGGGACUCAUCUUCCUCACUCAAAUGAGCGUUGGAAUCCUUGGAAAUUCUUCGUUCUUCUGCCUCCGUGUAUUUUCCUCGCUGGCUGCACGGACCUUGAAGCCCAUGGACUUGGUUCUUUAUCAGCUGGUCUUAACUAACAACUUGUCCCUUUUGUGUAAAGGGCUGCCUCAGACGAUGGCCGCUUUGGGGUUGACGUCAUUCCUGGAUGACACUGGGUGUAAAUGUGUCUUCUAUGCAUACAGAGUGGCAAGAGGCACUUCUCUCAGCACCACCUGCUUCCUCAGCAGCUUUCAGGCCAUGAAAAUUUCCACCAGGGUCCCUGGGUGGCUGAAGGUGAGACUGAGAUCCCCAACAUUCACUGGUUUGGGCUGUGUCCUGUGCUGGGUCCUGCAGCUACUGUUAAACGUGAAUCUAAUCAUGAGAGUAAGUGGCCCAGGAAACAACAAAAACCUGAGUAAGGAGAACAUGUACAGAUACUGCUCCUCACCCACUGGAGGACACUUAUUAUUCCCUAUCAUUGCACUCAUUUACUCUCUCUCUGAUGGCCUGUGUUUGGGCCUCAUGACCUUGGCCAGUGGUUCCAUGGUCCUUGUGCUACACAGGCAUAAGCAGCGUGUCCAGUACCUCCAGCGCCACUGCCUGUCACCCAGGCCUUCCCACGAGGCCCGAGCUACAUGCACCAUCCUCCUCCUGGUGAGCCUGUUUGUCUCAUUUCAUUCUCUAUCUUCUGUUUUGUCACUGUGUAUAACCCAGACAUUGAAGCCCAGCCACUCUCUGCUGAGCGUCCCUGUACUGGUAUCUUCUGCCUUCCCUGCGUUCAGUCCUUAUGUGUUCAUUGUCAGGGACACUCACAUCUCACACGUCUUCUCUGUAUGCCAGAAAAGGAGACUGAGGGGCCAGCAUGAGAACUCAGUCGGCUAAUCCCUUUUCUCGCAGUUCAUGCAUCUCAUAUGGGUGCUGGCUCUUAUCUCAACUGCUUCACUUCUCAUCAGGUUCCCUGCUUGUGGCCUGGGAAAGCAUGCAAGGAUGGCCCAGAGUCUUGAAAUCCAGCCAUCACAUAGGUCAACUUUCAAAAGCUUCUGACUGCUGGUUUUGGAUUGGCUGG